UCACCCCUCCAUCUGUCUAUUCUGUAUAGAAGAUACAAUCGCACUCACCACACCCCUACACUCACACUCUCUCACUCCCCCACUCUCUCGCCCUUGUUUGAUUUGACUACACUUGUCCUUGCACCUCGUUCAAGAUGCAUUACCACGCUACCACACUCGCUCUCGCCGGCACCAUGGCUGCGUCGGUUGCUGCUGGGGGACACGGUGGUGGUCAAAGUGCGGCUUCUGCCACCUCUGCCACAUCUGCCGCCUCCACCGGCAGCACAUCGCUCAGCUUGCCCGCCUACGGCUGGCCGUCCUCUUCUUCCUCCAGUGAUGUCGUUGCUGCCGUCAGCACGUCCUCUGCUUCCUCCAGCAGCAUUGCUGGGGCAGUGAGCACGUCUUUGACCAGCUCGAUUCCCGGGUACGGGUGGGGAAGCAGCAGCGCACCGGCCAGCAGUAGCGACGUGGUUGGGCCGACGUUCACCUCGAUUGCGUCCAGCUCGGCUUGGGGCUACGGAGCGUCUUCUAGUUCCGUCGCAGGAGCUCAGAGCACGUCGAUUGCUUCGUCCAGCUCGGAAGCGGCCGCUCAGAGUACGUCGAUUGCGUCCAGCUCGAACUGGGGUUACGGAGCGUCUUCUAGCUCCGUCGCAGGAGCUAUCAGCACUUCGCUUUCUUCCAGCAACGCCUGGGCGUACCCGACGGCCUCCAGCGCCGUCACCGUUGGUCCUGUGAGCACUUCGCUUGCCUCAAGCUCCGGCUGGGGGUGGUACAACUCGAGUGCGCCGGCGUCCAGCUCCGUCGCGGCGGCCAUCAGCACCUCUUCCUCUUCCGCCACUGGAUGGGGCCCGUACACCACGUGCAACAGCACCACCAGCGCCGUGACAGUGGGACCGGUGAGCUCAAACAAGCCCACGAGUAACGCGUGGUCAAGCACAGGUACGUCCACCUUCGUCCCCACCAGAAUGGCGUUUGGAAGGAAUGAACGGAUGGGACACGAGAUUGUACGGAUGGUUAUGGAUUACGGCUGGGUCAUGUACGGAUAUGAAUACAGGGAUACAGGAUGGAGAGAACUAAUGCGUAAUACACACGACUGUUGCCCAAUACAAUUCAUCAUUUUGUGUCUCCAAAUCUCGUAUCCGCCUCCCUUUGUCAUUUCUUCAUUUGAUGUUUGAUGCAACAACCACGUGUCGAUCUGGACCCAUGUUCCACGAGCGCUAGCGUUGCGAGAACAACA